CAUUGAACAGCUGAGCGAACUAAGAGAUUUGACUUUUGCCAAAAAGCGCUAGAAACAGAAAUAUAAACAAAAAGCUAAGUUUAUUAAAAUGACAACAUUCGAUAGCAAUGGCUGGAAUGUGGAUGAAACAGUUACGCUAAUUGGCAUUAUAAAGUCCCUCAAAGAAGUCAACGGGCCGGGCAAACUGGACUGGCAGCAUGUGGCCAACCAACUGGUCGAAAGCAAGACAACACCCAACGGACUCAGCAGAAGCAUUCUGGAAUUGCGCGACAGAUUCAAGAAAUUGCGAAAUGAUUACUUUACGGCACGCUAUCGAAAUCGUUCCUGUCAGUACUAUAACUAUCUGAACGAUCUGCUCAGCGACGAGCUGUCGCCGCGCAAGCAGCGGGCCGAAACGGAGGAGGAUGAGCCGGAGGAGCAGGAGCUGGAGCUGGACCCGGCCGAGGACAUUAAAGUGGAGCACAAAUAUGCGCACACCUUGCAGCUGGAGUGCAACGGCGACACCACAAAUCCGGGCUGCGCGGUUAAGGUGCCGCUGCGCUGCAAGUGGGUGGAGGGCGAGGUGGAGGCAUUUCUGAACAUCAUCAUCAAACACAAGCUGCAGGCGCCGCUGCUGCGCAAACGCAAUGCCAAGGUGUUCAAGCUGCUCGCCCGGGAAAUGGCCAAGCGUGGAUUUGUCAAGCGGCCGGAUCAGCUGCGCGUCAAGUACCACCAGCUGCGCCGACAAUAUGCAAAGGCCAAGAACGGCGGCGAGACGUUCGAGCAUUUCGAGGAUAUGCACGCCCUGCUCAAUGGCUCCGUGCAGCAUGGCGAGAGCAGCGCCGGCGAGGGCGAGAGCGAUUCAAAUGACAGCGGCGAGGAGGAUGUGGAUGCUGCCAACGGCUCGGAGAGCGAAUCGGAAGGCGCCUUGGUGAGUGCCGCAAUUCCCUCGAAUGCGCGCGUCAAGUGGGCAGAGGGCGAGGUGGACGUAUUCCUGGACAUUAUCACCAGCAUGGGACUGCAGUCGGCGCUGUUGCGCAAACGCAAUGCCAAGAUCUUCAAGCUGCUCUCCAAGGAGAUGGCCAAAAGAUCGUUUGACAAAGCGCCCGAAAAGCUGCGCAUCAAGUUCCAGCAUCUCAGGCGGCAAUACAACAAGGCCAAGAACGGCACCGGCGAAAGUUUCGAGCACUUUGAGGCCAUGCACCAGCUGCUGAAUCCCGCCAAGAAAUCGAGCGCCGACACUGAACCGAAUUACAGCAGCGGCUCCGAGAGCGAUUACAUUUACAGCGACGACAUCGACGCGGAGACAACCCGACCCAAUCGCCAUCCCGAUACCUAUUACUGGACGGAUCAUGAGGUGGAUGCCUUUCUGGCCAUCAUCAAGCAACAGAAUCUGUUUCGCGCCCUGGACGGCUCGAAGAAGCGCAACUUCAAGACCCUGGCCUACAUCUCGAACAUCCUGGCCAAGCAAUCGUAUCAGAGAACGCCGCAUCAGUUGCGCAACAAGUUGCGCCUGCUGCUGCGUCGCUAUCGCGAGGUGAAAAAGGAUGGCAUCAAAAAUGUGCGCAUGCUGCCGCGUCACUUCGAGAUGUUCGACGAUCUCAUGCAGAAGAAGCGCACCACCAAGACCCAGGCAACUGGCAGUGUGACAGCAGCAAGUACAAAUCAGGCUGGCACAAAGUCAGCGGCACUGGAGAGCGACAGCGAUGCGAGCAGCUCCGGUUCCAGUUGCGAUCUGUUGCGUGCCGCAGCCGAAAGCGAGGAGUACGAGGAUACAUUCGAGUUGCCGCCGGAGCCAACGCCGCUCGAGGUGCUGACCAACAUAAGCGAGGGCCAAAAGCAGCUGCUGUCCACGCUGACCGAAUCCCAUGAGCGUUUCCUGCGGCAGCAGCGGGAAAUGCAGACACAGUUCCUCCACGAAAUGUCCAACAUAAUGCGGCAGGAGCGCGAGGCGACAUUCCAAAUGCUGAGAGAGUUGAUCCAACCCAAGUGACUGAAUAGUUAAAUUAACUAUAUAAUCCCAUAAGUAGAAUAAACACAGGCACAAACUUGUUUUAAGCUUCUAAAACUUUUAUUAAAUUGAAUUU